CCUAACCUCCUUUAGUUUGACGUUGGUGUCAUAGCUGGUCAUAGCAUAGAGCACGUGUAUCAAUAUAAAUAGUGUUCAAUAUUUAGUAAAGCAUACACAUUGUGAAUUAUUUUGUGCAAAGGAGUUACAAAAACAUAGCAAAAUGGAGGUAGCAGCACCGAGUGUAAACAUAGAUGUUGAUAGUUUUGAGCCGAUCAAAGGGAAGAGCUCCAAAAGAAAAUCAGACAACUUCGAGAUGGAUGUAGAUACAGCCCCAAACGCUAAGCGCGUGAAGAAUAAGGAGAUGAGAAAGAUUCCUGUCCCGAAGCACAGAUACACUCCAUUGAAAGAGAAUUGGUUGAAAAUCUUCACACCAAUUGUGGAGCAUUUGCAACUGCAAGUGCGUUUCAACCUUAAAACUAGAUCUGUUGAAAUUCGUGAGGGUCCAGAGACCACAAACAUUGCACAUCUGCAAAAGGCUGCAGAUUUUGUUAAGGCUUUUAUCCUUGGAUUUGAAGUGGAAGAUGCUAUGGCGCUUUUGCGUUUGGAUGAUUUGUUUAUAGAAUCAUUUGAAAUCAAAGAUGUGAAAACUCUGCAGGGUGAUCACAACUCUCGCGCGAUUGGACGUUUGGCUGGUAAAGGUGGCAGGACCAAAUUCACCAUCGAGAAUGUGACCAAGACUAGGAUAGUUUUGGCCGACAGCAAAAUUCAUAUUCUAGGCAGUUUCCAGAACAUUGCUUUGGCAAGGAGGGCUGUCUGUAAUCUAAUUAUGGGAUCUCCUCCAUCCAAGGUUUAUGGACAACUUAGGAACGUUGCUGCUAGAGUUUCAGACAGAUUAUAACCAAUAGAUUUAGAUAAUACAUAUUUUUUAUUUAAAAGUAAAUGUAAUAAAAUAUAUUUUAGUUUAAGUACAUAA